AUGUCCAGACCUCUGCAUCGAGGUUCAUCUGGGGCAGCGGGGGAACGGAUCUCCGGGAGUAGCAAUGAUUUUUGGGACUCCCAAAUGAAAGAUAAAACAGAUAAAGAAGAUUUGGAAAGAAGAGCUUCUUCUGAUAACAACAGUAUUGCAUUUAGGUUUCCUAUUCGAGUACUUUUCCCAGACAAUUCUCCUUCCAAACAUGGAAAUACUGGAAACGGCUUUGCAUCUGAUCCUUUAAUAGCCAGUACUCCUAGAAGUCGGCACAAGUUAGCGCUGCUACUGUUGAAGUUAAGUUUAGUAUUGAUUGUUAUUCUUGCUCUUACUGGAUCCUUUUGGUGGACAAUCUCCAUCUCAACGACUUCAAGAGGUCGCGUAUACCAUGGUUAUCGGCGACUCCAACAGCAACUUGUUUCCGACCUGUGGCAUAUUGGAGAGCUUUCUCUUGGUUCUUCAAGGUUGAGAGACUUGGAAUUCUGUCCUCAGGAGUUUGAAAAUCAUGUUCCCUGCUUCAAUGUUUCGGAGAAUCUUGCCUUAGGUCUUUCUGAUGGCAACGAAUAUGACCGGCAUUGUGAGUAUGGAAUGAGGCAAAAUUGUUUAGUUCUUCCACCUGUGAAGUACAAAAUUCCUCUUAGGUGGCCUACUGGUAGAGAUGUCAUCUGGGUGGCAAAUGUGAAAAUAACUGCGCAGGAGGUACUUUCUUCUGGAAGCUUGACCAAGAGGAUGAUGAUGUUGGAAGAAGAGCAAAUUUCAUUCCGUUCAGCCUCAUUGAUGUUUGAUGGUGUUGAAGACUACUCUCAUCAAAUUGCAGAAAUGAUAGGGCUGAGAAAUGAAUCUAACUUUAUACAAGCUGGGGUGAGAACUAUCUUGGAUAUAGGAUGUGGUUAUGGUAGUUUUGGAGCGCAUCUCUUUUCCAGUCAGAUCCUAACUAUGUGCAUUGCAAACUAUGAGGCUUCAGGAAGCCAAGUUCAGCUAACUCUUGAAAGGGGUCUUCCUGCGAUGAUUGGUUCUUUUACUUCGAAACAGUUGCCAUAUCCAUCUCUCUCUUUUGAUAUGUUGCAUUGUGCACGAUGUGGCAUUGAUUGGGACCAACGAGAUGGGAUCCUCUUGAUUGAAGUUGAUAGAGUUUUGAAGCCCGGUGGAUACUUUGUCUGGACAUCACCAAUUACAAAUGCUGAGACGUUUCGUCGUAACAAAGUGAAUCAGAAAAGGUGGAACCUUGUGCAUGAUUUUGCAGAAAAUCUCUGCUGGGAGAUGUUAUCACAACAAGAUGAAACAGUUGUAUGGAAAAAGACCAGUAAAAGGAAUUGUUAUAGUUCGCGGAAGCCUGGUUCAGGUCCCUCUAUAUGCAGCAAAGGCCAUGAUGUUGAAUCUCCAUAUUAUCGACCACUCCGAGCCUGUAUUGGGGGAACACAAAGCCGCCGAUGGAUUCCUAUUGAAGAGAGGACAACCUGGCCUUCAAGGGCUAAUCCAAACAAGAGUGAACUUGCAAUAUAUGGAUUGCACCCAGAAGAACUCUCUGAGGAUGCCGAGACCUGGAAAAUGGCAGUCCGUAAUUAUUGGUCUCUUCUGUCACCAUUGAUAUUCUCAGAUCAUCCAAAGAGACCCGGCGAUGAGGAUCCUUCACCACCCUAUAACAUGCUUAGAAACGUGCUUGACAUGAAUGCUCAUUUUGGUGGUUUUAAUUCUGCAUUAUUGGAAGCUGGAAAAUCCGUGUGGGUCAUGAAUGUGGUCCCGUCAAAUGGACCCAAUUAUUUGCCCUUGAUCCUUGACAGGGGAUUUGUCGGUGUUCUGCAUGAUUGGUGUGAACCCUUUCCAACAUACCCAAGAACCUAUGAUCUGGUGCAUGCAGCAGGACUUCUUUCCCUUGAAGUUGAUCAUCAGCGCAGAUGUACCAUUCUGGAUCUAUUCACUGAGAUUGAUCGAUUGCUUCGUCCAGAGGGUUGGGUGAUAAUCCAUGACAAAGCUGCUCUUGUCGAAUCAGCAAGAGCUCUGACAACAGGGCUGAAGUGGGAUGCGCGUGUGGUAGAAAUCGAAAGCAACAGCGAUGAGAAACUACUCAUAUGCCAAAAGCCUUUCUUCAAGAAACAAGCAAACUAA